CUUUCAAGCUCUCUUUCUACCAUUCACGUCAUCUGUCUGUAUUAGAUGACAUACUCAAGAACCAUCUAAGAGUAUCAAACCCUCAUUUCUCUCUGUCUCUAUAUGCUGGCUGAUCUAUUUGUUGCCUACACUGAAGAUUAUUAAUUAAAGAAUUAAAAGCACACAGGUGAGCUCUGAACGUCUGCUCACACAAGCUGGACAGCUUCACUAAGGCAACACAGAAACAAACUAAUGAGUGAAGACUCUCUGACCUCAGGACACCACAUAGCUACACUUAGAGAUAGCGACUUGCAAUCUUAUCCCACAGUGAUUGUGUUUACAGAGCUUGACCUCACAGACGGUGUUCUUUGGAGGAUUCUUAAGUGUUGUACAGUCUAAAAUGGAACUUCAGAAAAUGUCAAACGGUCACCAUGAUCUCAGCCCUAGCAGAAUUCCAGAGAACGGAUUUGAUGCCCUUGAAAACUUGACAGAUGGGGAUAACUUCCUCCCCAACAAAAGCAAUGGAAUGACAGAGACCCAGUUUACAGAUUUCGAGGGAAAGACUUCCUUCAGAAUGUCUAUUUUCAACCUCAGUAAUGCCAUUAUGGGCAGUGGAAUUCUGGGACUGGCUUACGCAAUGGCCAACACCGGAAUCAUUCUUUUUGUAAUCCUGUUGAUUCUCAUCGCUAUCCUCUCUGCCUACUCCAUUCACCUGCUUCUGAAGACUGCAGGCGUGGUUGGCAUCCGUGCAUAUGAACAGCUCGGGUACCGUGCAUUUGGUUCACCAGGGAAGAUCUUAGCAGCAUGCAUUAUAACACUGCACAACAUCGGAGCAAUGUCCAGUUACCUGUUUAUUGUGAAGAUCGAGUUACCUUCAGUUAUUCAAGGUCUUAUGGCACUGCCAGAUAACUCAACUUACUGGUUUGUUGAUGGGAAGUGUCUCAUCAUUAUCGUUAGUGUCGCCAUCAUUCUUCCUCUGGCGUUUAUGAAACGACUUGGGUAUCUGGGCUACACCAGUGGUUUCUCUCUCAGCUGCAUGGUCUUCUUUCUCAUAUCUGUUAUCUACAAGAAGUUUGUCACAGAGUGUUCUUUAGAUCACAGCUAUAAUGAGACUGCUGUGACUGAAAACAUACACAACACUACCGACGACACAUGUGAAGCCAAAUUCAUAACUGUCAACCCUGAGACUGCUUUUACCAUUCCCAUUAUGGCUUUCGCUUUUGUGUGCCACCCUGAAGUGUUGCCCAUUUACACAGAACUCAAAAAUCCUAAGAAGGAACGCAUGCAAAAAAUUGCUAAUAUCUCAAUCUUGGCCAUGUUUGUGAUGUAUCUGCUGACUGCCAUCUUUGGCUACCUCACCUUCUAUGGGAAUGUGAAGUCGGAGCUUCUGGAGAUGUACAGUAAAAAAGACACCCUGAUGCUGUGUGUUCGGCUGGCUGUGCUAAUAGCAGUGACGCUGACCGUUCCAGUGGUCCUCUUCCCGAUUCGCCGUGCCGUCUUGCAGCUUCUUUUCCCCGAUCAGCCUUUCCACUGGGUGCGUCACAUCUCCAUCGCUGUGUGCCUCCUCAUCUUAGUCAACCUGCUCGUCAUUUUCGUGCCCAACAUUCGUGACAUCUUCGGCUUCAUCGGUGCCACAUCUGCUCCCAGCCUCAUUUUCAUUCUUCCGGGAAUAUUCUACAUUUGCAUCGUCCCUAAAGAAAAGGAGCCGUUGAAAUCUCGGCCAAAAAUCCAGGCGCUUGCGUUUGUGAUACUGGGUUUCAUCUUCAUGAUUAUGAGCUUUACGUUCAUCAUAAUAGAGUGGGUGACCGGAAAGAAGGCGUCGGGUGGCCACUAAAAGAGCUACAACUGGACAGCAACAGUUAAAGACCAAAACACAAACUCCUGAACCUGAAACCUUUUUAUUUUAAAUUAUAGGCGUAAUAGUAUUAUCACACUUUAUUAUUUUGUCUAUUAUUUUAUAAAAUAGUAAUAAUAAUAAAGUGCAAUAAUAUUAUUAUCAUUAUUAUUUUAUUUUAUAGUUUCUGAAUGGGUCACACAAUGCAGUGUGAGGACCAAACCAAAUCUCCAGGUGCUCUUUUGAGAACCAAGCUGAAAAACGCUUGUGCACCCCUGUUUAUAAAUGUAUUUUUAAUGAAAGAAACAUUUUUUCUUGCAAAAGUAUUGCAGUUAUGACUGGCAGAUGGAACUUCCAAAUCUACACGAAACUGUGAAACUGAGAUGAAAAUUGCCAAAGUUGUAAACAUGCAGUUUGAAGACUACCUCCUGCUACACCGAGCAUUUUUACACUGACACUGUCCGCUUUUAUAACUCAGUGCGUAUUUUGGGGUCCAAAAGCCUUUCAAUAUUCUAGUUCAAUACACAUUUUUGUAAUUCUAAAAACUACUAACAUUUCAGUGAAAUGUUAGAUUCUGAUGAUCCUAAACAACUUAUUGUACAACCCCAUUGUAUGUGAAUUUCAGUUCCUAUCAUUCUUGAUGAAUAUCAUUCAGAAGUCCCAAAUAAGAGUUUAUAACAUGUAAGUAGGAAGUGUACAGUUUUGUGCGUAUGUUUAAGCACUAUGCUUCAAUGUCAGAUGAAGAACCUGAAGUAAAUGUAUUGUAUGUACUGGUACAUUUUUGGUGGCAAAAUCCAAGAAAUGAAAUGUACAGAACAAGAAGUUUUACAGUCCUUUAGUGAUUAGUGCAGUUCUCGGCACGUUCAUAUGACAACAUUUCUUUACUCUGUUUUUGAGAGGAGAAGGAACAUAAAUGUCUGAAUACUAGUUAUCUAGUAGUAUUCAAGAAACACACAAUACUGUUGAAGAUUUUUCAUGUUGUGUCAUUUUGUUUGUUGUAUAGUUGGAUUUUUAUUUGAACAUCUUGAAAAUGAGCAUAGCUUUAAUAAGCUUGAAAAUAUGUGUGGUUUGCAUGGUGACAUGUUGUGUUUCAGUGAAAUUCCUCUCCAGAAAUAGGCCGAACAAUGAUGAUUAUAUGCGAAAGGUCACUACAGCAUAACACAGCAUUGAUGGGCUUGCAAGUUUAUAGAAAUGUUUCUGUGGUCAUACUAUAAUAUGUCCAUCUCUGUUACACCUCAUCAGUAUCUGUUUAAAGGAACCAGGACUAAUAUUGUUUCCUGUUGGAGAAAACAACUACUUUAUCAUAAAUGUCAAAAUGUAUGCUUAUUUUGUAUAGUCUUUUGUGUACAUAUUGUGUGUGAAACAGAAGAUUUCCAUUAAUUGUUGUACAUCUGUGUACAUAUUCUAAUAUUUUGCACAGAAUGGACCUUAAUGCUGAGCAAAAAAAUGAAACAAUAUAUAACAGAUCAAUAAUAAGUGGGAAGCAUAUUAACAGAUUUAAAUUUAAAUUGAUUCACAUUUCCCCAAUUAUAAUUUCUUUUUUUUUUUUUUUCAAAAGUGCCUGAUGUUUCAAUUCAACAAUUCAAGCAUUCCACAGAUUCAUGUUCAGAAAUACAUCUAUUUAUUGCUUUCUCUCUCUAGGCUUGAAUAAUAAAGUUGAAAGACUGUUUAAA